AUGCCCAAUGCAUCGCGAAGGCCUGCUUCCAGUGAGGCAGUGAUGAUCCAACAACGAACCAAGGCCACAGCUUCAUCGGUGGAGGAAGAGAGAGAGGAGUAUUCCCGACGAGGCGCCAAGUCUCCCCAACCCCGUCGCGAAAGAAACAGACGAGCAAUGGCGUUCGAUUCCGACCUCUAUGGCAGCGGCACGCCGGCGCGCGUCCUCUGCCGCGACCCCGCCUCCGGCCGGCGGGAAGACGUCCAUGCCACUGUCCUCGCCCGCCUCCAGCACGCCGUCGCCAGAGGCUCCGGCGUCGCGCGCGCCCCCCUCCCCGGCGGCCGCUGGCACGUCUUCGACUUCGCCCGCAUGCUCCGCUUCGACGAGGCCGACCCGGCCGCGCGCCCCGUCGCGCUCGCCUGGAUCGAUGAGGGCGGCAACCACUUCUUCCCGCCCGGCACCACCACCGGAGCCGAGAUCGAGCCCAGCGCCCGCUGCGAGGUCGGCGAGGACGAGGCCGUCGCCGUCGUGCGCACCUGGACCUUCGACGGGGCCGUGCUCACGGGCGCGCGGAGGUGCGUACCGACGAGCGCGAUGCUCAAGCAGUUCGCGGAGCGGGAGCAGGAGCUGGGGAACGUCAAGCUCGGAUGGUACGGGGGCACGCCCGCGGAUGUGCGGACGGCGGCGGGGGCAGACUUUUCCUUGAAUCCCAACUGGAUGCUGCUCGGGGAGGAUAGAGCGCACGGACGCGGACUGCAUCUAGCGCCGCUCAGGUUCCCGCAUCUUAGCAUGAGCAUUGCGGAGGCAGAUGUCGGCAAGGCACAAAUAUUACUCUGCCGCAUUGUGCAGGGUCAGCCAGUUGUCCUUCGUGCUGGGUCAGAUUGGUCGGGUCUCGGAAGAUCUGUUGGUGGUGUUGACUACCUCUCCAACCCGAGCUGGUACAUCAUCUGGAAUGAGCAUAUCAACAGCUGCAUCAUGCCAUUGUGCAUCGUGAGCUUCACCAAACACCCAAUGAUCCAGGACCUAGGACCAAUGCCAGUUCCAUUUCCAUUGAAAGUUGACAUGCAGAAGCUGUGCAAGGAGUUCAAGAGGUUUCUGCCAAUCUCCAAAUUGCAAACUUUGGAUGAUUACUACAAUAGUAACAUGGGGAACUCAUAUAACUUCUCCAAAGCUGUCUGUGAGCUUGUUGGUGCUGCAAUGUUCGUAGGUGCAAUCCUAAAAAGUUUAGAGCACUGAUGCUCUGAAGAUGAUGUUCGAUGAUUCCCAUUGUUUCUCUGAUUUUCUCUCAGUGAUGAUAACUGGGCUGUUACUGCUGCUAUAUUUUUGUCAGAAAGAGAAGAAUUUGUACUCAGAUCCGACUUUGGCAAACUCUAGACUUGAAUUUUCAGCAUACCAAUUUUCUGUGCAACCUGUAACUUGUACAAAUUGAAAAGUGAAUCCCUUAGGUGGCCAUUUUUGGGAGGCGAAUUCAUCCAAGUGUCUUGAAGAAAAUGGGCUCCAAAAACUUGCAGCAUUCCUGAUAUGUUGCUCACUGAGAUCUCUCAUGCUUUUCAUCGGCUUUUAGCUCCAGCACUUUAUUACCAGCUUGUGUUCAAACAUUCAUGUUUCCUUUGUAAAGCUUAUAAGUUUUGAGUGAAUGGUAAAUGAGCCUAAGGAUCCACCUUUUCCAGGAGACGCAUUCGUGCCGAACUCCCGUUCUUUACCACGACUUCAGCCCAAUUUCAUCUCAAGUCUGCAGAGUGGAAUAUAGACCGACUCCCGUCUAUUUCUGUAACCUGCCUUUCCUCUGCCUCGAAACAGAUUACUGAAGGUUUAAACUCCAUGACCAUACCCAGUGUCGGUGCCAUAUGCCAUGCAAUAUGUGCAACCACGAGCAUCGGCUCUGAGCUCGCAUACACAUAGCACCAUGCUUACACUUUCGUCUUCACUUCGUGUAAAAGAAUUUACCAAUGGUGCUAUGGUUGGAAGACAAAGACUUAUAAGUUGGCUCCACCUUGUCUCAAUUAGCAAAGUGAUGUAAACAUAUGCACGCAACACUUAUAGGCCACUACAGGCCACAUUCAAAUUGGAUCGAGUGUCACAGUUGAGAAGGAGGAUUAGGGGUAUCUCCGAACCAUUGGUGUCAUGAAGCCUGCAUGAGCGAUGAAAAUAACAUUUCUAGGCAAAGCAACUGCAUGUAAGAGCAUCUCUAGCAAUGGCUCUUAAAUCAGACCCUCUACUUCUUGAGGUAGGACCCAUUUAUCAGUGGAUAAGGGACUUCCUAGAGACCCUCCAGGAAUAGAGGGUGUGGAGGAAGGGGUUUGGAGGCCUCCCUAAAAUGAGGGCUUUAACAGAGGGCCUGCUGCAGUGUGAAUUUUUUAUUUCACCCUCCAAAUUUAAGUUGUGGGCUUAUUUAGAUGGUCUGCUGGAGUUGCUUUAACCCUUAGCUAUGUUAUACGCUACCACAGAUUCAAUCUGCACUACGUCAAACUCGGAUGCAAAUCGACGUGGAGAGGAGCUCUAAUCAGUAAGUCCAUCUAAUAUAUAGGACUCUUGUGGGUUACACAAGAUGUAAGGUGUUUAGUUUCUUAGUGGCUCUAUGGGUUAUGUGGCAUCAUUUACAUAUGUAACAAUUUUUUUUUUUGUUUUUCCAGCUAGCAUUUACCGAGAAUGCUCUUUGUUUGUACAUGAUUCACAUUUGUUGCAUUUUUAUUACGCCGUACACAUCUGCAUAUAUUUCUGCAA